AUGCAUGUUCCACUCUCUACUUUGAUAUUGGUAGCACUUGUUGGGCAUCAGGCAGAUGCUAGACUCUCAGGAAACCGGCAACUCAUAGGUGGUUUAGAGGGUUUGAAUACGAGUCCCCCAACAUCAGCGUACGAGAUGCUCAAUGGACAAAACAAUAUUGACGAUCCAGAUGCUGAUGUUUUGCUAGGUGCAGGUGGCCAUGGCGAACAGAUCACGAAUCCAUAUCAGUUUGAUGAAGAUGGAAAAGCUAUUUAUGAAGAUUCGCCUCCAGGAGAAGAAGCAGAGGAAGAUAAUCUUGAUGGAAUUGCCUAUGAACAAGAAGGCGAUGGUCCAGAGGACGACCCAUUGCUUGGAGGCGGAGGUCAUGGUCAACAGAUCACGAAUCCAUAUCAGUUUGAUGAAGAUGGAAAAGCUAUUUAUGAAGAUUCGCCUCCAGGAGAAGAAGCAGAGGAAGAUAAUCUUGAUGGAAUUGCCUAUGAACAAGAAGGCGAUGGUCCAGAGGACGACCCAUUGCUUGGAGGCGGAGGUCAUGGUCAACAGAUCACGAAUCCAUAUCAGUUUGAUGAAGAUGGAAAAGCUAUUUAUGAAGAUUCGCCUCCAGGAGAAGAAGCAGAGGAAGAUAAUCUUGAUGGAAUUGCCUAUGAACAAGAAGGCGAUGGUCCAGAGAACGACCCAUUGCUUGGGGGCGGAGGUCAUGGUCAACAAAUCACUGAUCCCAAUCAUUUUGAUGAAGAUGGAAAUGCGAUUUAUGGCGACUCUGGAACAAACGGUACAGAUGACAGUCCCUUGCUUGGAGGCGGAGGUCAUGGUCAACAAAUCACCGAUUCCAAUCAUUUUGAUGAAGAUGGAAAUGCGAUUUAUAGCGACUCUGGAACAAACGGUACAGAUGACAGUCCCUUGCUUGGAGGCGGAGGUCAUGGUCAACAAAUCACCGAUCCCAAUCAGUUUGAUGAAGAUGGAAACGCCAUUUAUAAUAGCAAUCCUAUGAAUGCUGGUGGAACCAAUGGAACAGACGAGUUUGGAGAUGGUAAACAAUUUGAUGGUUUCAACAUGACUAUAGAUGACGAGAUGAAUAUGGACGACAUGGACAUGGAUAAUACGGGCAUGGAUAUUGACAUGGACAUGAUGAAUGGGCUCAAUGAUACUGAUUCUGGGAAUCAGAAUAGCACCGGGCUUGAUGGAGCUUUGAAUGGCAACAACGACAAUGAUAGUCCUUCUGAUGACACCGACGGAGAGACCGAUCUAGUUGGAGCAGAUGAGAGCAUCAACGGGGAUCAAGAUGACGAUGGAAACUUUCCAUGGGAUCGUGACGGAUCAACUGCCCCAUCGCCAGCGUUCAGUGGUGGUGCAGGUGGUGGAGGUCUUCCUUCGUACUUCAGCCCAUCCCAAACACCGAUUGGUGAAAACAACUUUGGAAGACCAACUUAUGGUCAACCGACAUAUGAUCAAAACUCAUAUGCUCCAUUGCCAACACUCACUCCUUCCAAGGAAUUUGGAUCAACUACUACCUAUGCACCAACCUCUUUGCAGAACGUUCCAACUUGGAAUUACCCUGAACCGAGCUCGAAACCAGUUGCCUACAUUCCCCCGGAAGAAAGGGACGAUGACUAUACCGACGGAGAGGACGACACGCAAGGAGAAAAGGAUGACAUGCAAGGUGGAAGUUCGAUUGAUGGUACUGGUUCAAUUGGGGACUAUAUCUAUUUUGAUCAUGGAGAGCCAAUCGAGGAAAUGGAACACGAUAGAAAUGUUGUCAUUGCAUUGGGAAUCUGCGGAGGAAUCGGUCUAUGCCUUGCGAUAAUAACGGCCCAGCAAAUGUUGGAGAAUCCCCAUGGCUGCUGUGCCGGUAUGUGUCGAAUCCUAGUUUCAGCAACUUGUGGAGUUACUCGUUGUAUUUGUUGGCCAUGUCGAAAGAUCUGUGGCUGCACAGGAAGACAAGAGAGAUACUCAAAUGAGUUGAUCUCUGGUGGCGGCUAUAACGAAGAAUACAUCUCAGACCUAGAGUUGACGUAG